AUGAAUGAUAAUCCAGUAAACGAACGUAUCAAAGAAAUUCUAACUAUAAGAGUAAUAACUAAAAUAGAAGUUACGUAGAAUUUGUUUUCUACAUUUGUUAUUAAAUUGUCGAGGCAGCUCAACAAGUGGGUACAGUCCUUGAUGAAAAGUGAUGAAAUUGCACUCGUAAUAAAAUAAUUUAAUCUCUUCAAUCGAUCGAAUAUCGAACAAAUUGAUAAAAUUAUUGCAACAGUUGCUUUUUGAUAAUUUCUCAGGUUGUACGAGUUAUUUUAAUAGCGUGCACGCGCGCACAGGAAACCGUGCUUUGAAUAGCAAAAGCUGUAUUAUAAAUCGAGAAAUGACACAUCUUUCUCGUUUUUUAGAUAUCUGUUGUUUUCUACAAUUUUGAUUAAAAUUAUUUUGAAAUAAUUAUUUAGAAAGAUAUUUUUCUAUAUUGUAUCAAGUAAUAUUCAUAAAUAUUUUAUUACAUAUAACGAUAUUAGCAACGAUAUGGAAUUAGGAAUGUAAUGAUGAAAUCAGUUGCGAAAUACCGAUUAAGCAAGUAUAUAUAAGCAAAAAUAUAUAUAAUGGUACUGGAAAAAGAGUACUAUCUUGUUUAUUAGAGGUCAAUAGUUUAUACAGGGUCAUUCUUGAUAAUUCACAAGAAAUCUCAAGGGGGUCUGCUAUGUUUUGCAAUAUAAAAAAAAAUGUUUGUUUUAUCGUUAUUUUAUAAUGCUACAUAGGAUCUUAAAUUAAUUCUUCGCGAUGUAUCUAAGAAUUUAAAUCUCAGCUUGUGGUACAGUAGAGUAAAGUAAUAUAUUUUAACAUUACUUCUUACUUCAUAUCAUUUUAUCUGAUACAUUAAUAAUUUUCAGAUUGUAAUUAAAAUAUCUUGUAACAUGCAAACAAAUUCUUGUAAUCAAAUAAUAUCUCAGAAAAAUGAAACAGAUAAAAAGCUACAUGAUAGAAAACAAAUAAAAAAUGAAACAACUGGCCUUACACAUGAAUGUGGAGUUUUUGGAUGCAUUGCUGCGGGUGACUGGCCAUCACAAAUUGAUGUUGCUCAAGUGAUUUGUUUAGGUUUAGUGGCAUUGCAACAUAGAGGUCAAGAGAGUGCAGGCAUUGUUACCAGCGAAGGUGUAUGUUCCAAAUCUUUUCAUGUCCAUAAAGGUAUGGGCAUGAUCAAUAAUAUUUUUAACGACGAAAACAUGAAAAAACUUAGCGGGAACCUUGGAAUUGGUCAUACUAGAUAUAGUACAAGUGCAGCUAGCGAAGAAGUUAAUUGUCAACCAUUUGUGGUUCAUACUGCACACGGAGCGCUAGCAGUUGCCCACAAUGGAGAAUUAGUAAAUACAGAAUCACUGAGAAAAAUGGUAUUAGGACGCGGUGUUGGUUUAUCGACCUAUUCAGAUUCUGAAUUAAUAACGCAAGCACUUUGUUUGAAUCCUCCCGAGGGUGAAGUUAAUGGUCCAGAUUGGCCUGCACGUAUAAAGCACCUUAUGCAGUUAGCACCGUUAUCAUAUUCAUUGGUAAUUAUGCAAAGAGACAAGAUAUAUGGUGUCAGAGAUCCUUAUGGAAAUCGUCCAUUGUGUCUAGGAAAAAUUGUACCGAUUGGUAAUUUAGGAAACGAAUCGGAUGACGACGAUGAAGCUGAAGGUUGGGUUAUUUCAUCUGAAUCGUGUGGCUUUUUAAGUAUCGGAGCACGAUACGUGCGUGAAGUAUUUCCUGGAGAAAUUAUAGAAUUGACGCGGGAAGGUAUUAAGACUAUAGAUAUCGUUGAUAGACCGGACAAGAAGCCACAAGCAUUUUGCAUCUUUGAAUACGUUUAUUUUGCACGUAGCGACAGUAUUUUCGAAGGACAAAUGGUUUAUUCCGUUCGCAUGCAAUGUGGGCGAGAACUUGCUUUGGAAUCGCCGGUAGAAGCAGAUAUAGUUAGUUCAGUACCCGAAUCUGGAACUGCCGCAGCGCACGGUUAUGCUAGACAGUCUCGAAUACCUUUUGCGGAAGUAUUGUGCAAAAAUAGAUACGUUGGCCGAACGUUUAUUCAGCCUAGUACUCGACUCAGACAACUUGGCGUGGCAAAAAAAUUUGGCGCUUUGUCGGAAAAUGUUAAAGGAAAGAAAUUAAUUCUCAUAGAUGAUUCCAUUGUCAGAGGAAAUACAAUUGGUCCUAUUAUUAAAUUACUUCGUGAUGCAGGAGCAAAGGAAGUUCAUAUUAGAAUAGCCUCUCCUCCAUUAAAAUAUCCCUGUUACAUGGGGAUUAACAUACCAACGAGAGAAGAAUUAAUCGCUAAUAAAUUAGAUAAUGUAAAAUUAGCAAAACACGUAGGAGCUGAUAGCUUGACAUAUCUUUCGGUAGAAGGACUUGUAAAAGCCGUGAGAUUUGGCAUGGAUAAUCGUGAGAGUAGUUACAUUGGCCAUUGCACUGCCUGUUUGACAGGAGACUAUCCUGACGAACUUCCUGGUGAUUUGGAU